AUGCCCCGAGGGCACGGGCGCGAGGGUUAAAUCCACCACACAGGGUGAAAUCUAUCUCCAUGACAACAUUCACACAACAGGAAAUUGAAUUCCUACAAAAACAUGGAAAUGAAGUCUGUAAACAGAUUUGGCUAGGAUUAUUUGAUGAUAGAUCUUCAGCAAUUCCAGACUUCAGGGAUCCACAAAAAGUGAAAGAGUUCCUACAAGAAAAAUAUGAAAAGAAAAGAUGGUAUGUCCCACCAGAACAAGCCAAAGUAGUGGCAUCUGUUCAUGCAUCUAUUUCAGGCUCCUCUGCCAGUAGCACAAGCAGCACACCUGAGGUCAAACCACUGAAAUCUCUUUUAGGAGAUUCAGCAGCAGCCCUGCACCUAAAUAAGGGCACACCUAGUCAGUCCCCUGUUGUAGGUCGCUCUCAAGGACAGCAGCAAGAAAAGAAGUUUGACCUUUUAAGUGAUCUUGGCUCAGACAUAUUUGCUGCUCCAGCUUCUCAGUCAUCAGCUACAGCCAAUUUUGCUAACUUUGCACAUUUCAACAGUCAUGCAGCCCAGAAUUCUGCAAAUGCAGAUUUUGCAAACUUUGAUGCAUUUGGACAGUCUAGUGGUUCGAGUAAUUUUGGAGGUUUCCCCACAGCAAGUCAUUCUCCUUUUCAGCCCCAAACUACAGGGGGAAGUGCUGGAUCAGUAAAUGCUAAUUUUGCUCAUUUUGAUAACUUCCCCAAAUCCUCCAGUGCUGAUUUUGGAACCUUCAGUACUUCCCAGAGUCAUCAAACAGCAACAACUGUUAGUAAAGUUGCAACAAAUAAAGCUGGUCUUCAGGCUGCAGACAAAUAUGCAGCACUUGCUAAUUUAGACAAUAUCUUCAGUGCUGGACAAGGUGGUGAUCAGGGGAGUGGCUUUGGGACCGCAGGUAAAGCUCCUGUUAGUUCUGUGGUUUCACUUCCCAGUCAGUCAAGUGCGUCUUCAGACAAGUAUGCAGCUCUGGCAGAACUAGACAGCGUUUUCAGCUCUGCAGCCACCUCCAAUAAUGCGUACACUUCCACAAGUAAUGCCAGCAGCAAUGUUUUUGGGACAAUGCCAGUGGGUGCUUCUGCACAGACACAGCCUGCUUCUUCAAGUGUGCCUGCUCCAUUUGGAGCUACGCCUUCCACAAAUCCAUUUGUGGCUGCUGCUGGUCCUUCUGUGGCAUCUUCUACAAAUCCAUUUCAGACCAAUGCCAGAGGAACAACAGCGGCGACCUUUGGCACCGCAUCCAUGAGCAUGCCUGCGGGCUUUGGGACGCCUGCGCCCUAUAGUCUUCCCACCAGCUUCAGUGGCAGCUUCCAGCAGCCUGCCUUUCCAGCCCAAGCAGCUUUCCCUCAACAGACAGCUUUUUCUCAACAGCCCAAUGGUGCAGGUUUUGCAGCAUUUGGACAAACAAAGCCAAUGGUAACCCCUUUUGGUCAAGUUGCAGCUGCUGGAGUAUCUAGUAAUCCUUUUAUGACUGGUGCACCGACAGGACAAUUUCCAACAGGAAGCUCAUCAACCAAUCCUUUCUUAUAGCCUUAUAUAGACAUUUUACUGGAAAGAACUUUUACAUGGUCACAUUACAUCUCUCCGCCUCUUGCACUGUUGUCUUGUUUCACUGAUCUUAGCUUUAAACACAAGAGAAGUCUUUAAAAAGCCUGCAUUGUGUAUUAAACACCAGGUAAUAUGUGCAAAACAGAGGGCUCCAGUAACAACUUUUAACCUGUGAAUUGGCAGAAAAAGGUAGCGGUAUCAUGUAUAUUAAAAAUUGGCUAAUAUUAAGUUAUUGCAGAUACCACAUUCAUUAUGCUGCAGUACUGUACAUAUUUUUCUUAGAAAUUAGCUAUUUGUGCAUAUCAGUAUUUGUAACUUUUAACACAUUGUUAUGUGGAAAAUGUUACUGGGAAAAUAGAUCAGCCACUUUCAAGGUGCUGUCAUGUAUCUCGGAAUGAAUGACCUGAAAUCAUUUUAACCAUUGCUACUGGAAAGUUACAAAGUCAGAAGUGGAAGGUUUUAUUCAGUCUUGGAUUUUUCCCUCCUAAAGAGCUCUUCUAUUUAUACAUGCCUAAAUUCUUUAAAAAUGUAGAAGGAUACCUGUCUGCAUAAUAAAGCUGAUCAUGUUUUGCUACAGUUUGCAGGUGAAAAAAAUAAAUAUUAGAAAAUAUGCUAUUGUUUUUGUGUUCUUGCUGCAAUGCCUUUACCAAAGUGGCCUUAAAUGUGAGUAGUGAAUUGAGAACAUCUUGAAUUCUUAAAUUAGGAUUUCAGAAGACUUCUAGUGACUAACUUUUAUGUCUAAAAGAGAAAAUUUUAUAAAAAGGCCAUGUAGAAAAUGUAUUAAAACUACUAUGACUGCUAUAUUCAUGAAUAUGUCAGUGGUAAAGCAUUUACAUGUAGCUUGUCAGAUUCACCAUAAUCCUUCUAAUUUCUUUGCAACUUCUUAAUUUUGUGAAAUUUGUAAAUAUGAAGAAUUUGCAUGUAUGUGUAUUUACAAAUUUUUUAAAGUAUCUUGAAUUCUCAGACUUCAAAAGGCCUAUUUUAAAUAUUGAUUUUAAAAAUACUGUCUUUGAAUGUAUUGGAAGCAGACAUGCAUUAACUGUGACAUGAUUGCACCUCAGAUUUGUUUUCUGUUUAGACAAACUGAUAUUAUUAAUAGGACAUUUGUUUAUGUUCAUCUCGGGGGGGGGGGCGGGGGUAAAGAAACUGGAACCCAGUGUUACCUUGAAGUUAUAGAAUACUUUGUUUAAAAGGGCAGUGAUACUAAUAUUUAGUUAUAUCUUUUUGUUAAUAUUCAAAUUAACUUGUUUAAAUAUUUAUGUGCAGCAAUGCCUCAUUCAUCCAGAGAUAAUCUGGCAGUCUCAUCAAAACAACACAACUGGGAAACUUGGAAUCAUCUUUUUUUUUUUUUGUUUAAUGCCUUUGAGCAACCUACUUAAGUCAUGAAGUCUUUACUGAUUAUUUGGUUUCCCAGCCCAUAGCAAAUUAGCAGUUCAGAGGUUGUGGCUCGAAAGGAAGGAGAUAGAAAAAACUAUGAAGAGUAUACGCUUGAAGACUAUUUAGUGUAGGGGCAGCCAGCCCAGCCUAGAUCACUAAAUCACAUCAUCUUCUAAUAAUUGUCUAUUUUGCUGACUCUGUGUCAUCAAGAUAAGCUGAAAUUACAUAUACAAAUGGGUAGCAUGUGUUUAUAAUGUUUUAUCUUAUAAUGAUUAGACAUUUUUUAAAAAGCUUUGGUAUUAAAAGAGGUGAACGUCUGUUUCCUCAAACAUUUUAUUCAUGUUGAAUACCUUUUUCAGUGGUGGCUACAUGAGUUAUCCUACUAUCCUCAAGCUGUGUAGUGUUUUAGACUUGUUAAAACAUUGCUGUUUGUUGCAUAUCUAGCUGAAUGUGUGGUUUUCCUGACCCAUUUGAUAAGAAGACUGGGAGAUCUCUGCCCCUUUUCUGAGCAGUAUGCCUCUUCUUUUAGAAUUAAAUGAAUGCUGCAACAGUU